GGGUAUUCCCGCAGCAAUUCUAUGGUACACGCCCCUUGCAUGUACAGUAGAAUGGAAUUCAAGCUGACUGAGAAUGCACCGAUUCAACACUAGUUGCCUGGACAGCCACGCAGAGAGGGCAAUGACGCAGGCCCGCCACUUCCGUAACAGUGAUAACCCUUCCGUCAUCGCUCCGCCCCUACCACGUCUAGUAACCAUUCCCCAGCCCUCUUGACAGGCCAAAAUCCGUUGCCCGGUUCCACAUGUUGCAUGUUGCUGGUUGCCAUUGACGUCUUUCCUCCCUUUCCCUCCGUUUGCUGCAAACCAUUCAGCCCAACUCCUUCGUUCUUCCACAACUUGAACACUGCCUACGCUUCUACAAUCCGAAUCAAACUCCCUAUAUCCUGUUCUCUCUUUUCGCCAUGGUUGGAUUCACAAUAGCGAUGCGUGAAGGCGCAGAACUUGUGGGCGAGCAUGGGUACCGGUACCUACUCGUCAAACCCCUUGGUCAAUCCAACGUGUGGGUUGCCGUAGAUGCAGCAACCCAGGAGAAGAUAUUCAUCGUCAAGCAGCCGAGUGAUGAUGACGUCGGCUACGGCUGGCCACGCUUCCAGCACGAGAUGGUCAUGCAUGAGCUUCUCAAGGGUAUCCCGACCAUUCGACAACAAGUCGACCGCAUUCCACCCGUGUCCAGGUCCGAUCCGCCACGCAUUGUUCUCGAGAUUCUGCAGUCUACAUUGUGGGAUGCACGAAGGAAGCGCCAGUUCAGCGACGUGGAGAUCAAGGGCAUCAUGCGCUCAGCGCUUCUGGGCCUGCGGGACGUGCACCAACGAGACUUGGUAUAUGCAGAUUUGAAAAUGCAGAACAUACUACUCAGCGGAUUCGAGGAACAGCCCAACGAAAGAGCAGUUGUAGGCGACAGCAAGAUUACAACCAAACUGGGUGACCUCGGUAUCGUCAUGGAGCCAGCAAAGGGUCUGGUUCAACCUAUCAUAUACCGAGCCCCAGAAGUCUAUUUCAGAAACGAAAUCAGCCCGGCUGCAGACAUUUGGUCGUGGGGAUUGAUAUACUGUCAGCUCUUGGAGGCUCAAGCCGCUUUUAACAAGUACGGAAUAUAUGACGAGCUACUAAUAGGCAAUCAAGGCCAAAAGGAAAGAUCAGUUGAGCGAGCCAUUGCCCACGACUUUGGCCUGGGAACACUAGACUAUUACGACGGAUGUCGCCUUCCCUACCGCGAUAACACACACUACGAAGGACAGCAAUGGGAUAAAAUCGUGGAAAAAGGUGUCCCAGAAAAGGAAGUUCAAUUCCUCAAAUGGGUCCUGAAUCCCAUACCAACAGACAGACCAAGCGCCCAAGAUAUCCUCAACUCCGGGUGGUUCACAACAGACGACCAAGCAACUGGUCGCAUUGCUGAGACACUCAAAACUCGCGUCGAAGAAUCCCGCCGCAAGCACCUCCUUCGAAAGCACAGCGAACCUUUUCUGUCAAACAUGGCUGUUCAGCAGCCUGUCAAGAACACGCAAGUGCCCCUGGGCGUUGCCGCUUCGACGACGUUGCCGCCCACGCCCAUGCCUCAAACGAAUGAGCAGCCCGUCGCGUUUGAACCCGUGUCUUUUCAGCCUUUUGAGUCAUCGAAGUAUUAUUCACGGCCCGCGGCGUCCAGGUCUAGCACGCAGCGCCCCGCGGGGGGCACGUUUAUGAAUUAUGGGUCUUUUAUGCGAUGAGAAGGGGUGUGGAGGGUUUUGGUGCUUGUGGCGAUAGCGGGAAAGGAUGGAUUGAAUAGGGUUAGUAUUGUAUUAUUAGCUAAGAAAUAGAAUUUGUUGAAUGAAAAACAGGGG